GAAAGGUGCAACAACGUCUAAGGGUGAAUGCGGAGGGGAAACAGGAAGAGCUUCGCCUUAUGGUUGGGGAACGGUAUCGGGAUCUUCUGCAAGCCUCAAGUUCAAUCAUAUCCAUGGCGGCUUCGUCCAGACGCGUCCUGCAGGCUUUGGACGAAAUGCGUGAUAUCGUUGGUUCGGCGAAACCGCCGCGGAUUGCAAGACGCUCCCAUGUAGGCGAGGAAGACAAACACAUACAGGCUUUGCAGUCGCUGUCUGCGCAUCUGAAGCUUCUUCUGGAUGCUCCGGAACAUCUGUGGAGAUUCAUGGAACACAGGAUGUACUUGAAAGCUGCUUGGCUUUUCUUGACAGCGAGGGUGGUCCACCGAACGCUGCUUCAGGAGGACGAAGACAUGGACCAGUCAUGGCAUGACUAUGGCAUUGAUGUCUCGGAACAAAUACCACUUGUUCAGCGACAGUGGGACACGGUCUCGCAGUUCCGUUCGCAAAUCACACACAAAGCAACACUGUCUCUGCGAGAACACAGUGCAUCUUCAGAAGAAAUAUGUGCGACCCUCUUGACUCUACACAUCCUUGAAUCUCGGCCUCUGGCAGAGACACUGUCAAUAUUUCUUACGCAGCGAUCGAAGACUUUGACGACCGCUCUCUCGCACUCGCAAGAGCUGGCGAAUGGACAUGCCAGCAUCGUCCCGGGCGAUGGGAAGACGACAUCAAUCCGAGCCCGCAAAGCAAUUCUACGAGAAGUCAAGCGCAACCUUCAAAAUGCAUUAGAUUCAAUAUCACACACACUGCGCGCCGCACGCGAAAUCUUUGCCGACGGUACUUCCGGAGAAUCGGGCAUGAUGCAACUGGCUCUGCAGUACAUACAAGAAGAGAAAACUUCCCCCUCGCUACCCACCGACCUACAACUGACGACGCAGACGCUGCUUAAUUCGUUGCCGUCGUCCGCCCAUUUCUCUCUGUUGCCCAGUGCCAUCCGAUCGUACAAGCCGUACAUCGGCGCCGCGGCUGCGUCCCCCUCCGUUGCGCACGGUCUCUUGCAGCAGAAGCUUGGUGACUGGUUCUCGCGUUCCGUGGAGGCCGUUCAAGUAGCAGCCUCCAAGUGGCUAUCGGGUCUGGAGAGUGUUAGGGAAGUCUGGGAUCUUCGAAUGUCUUCCUUCACUAUCGCCUCAAAGCUCGACGGCGUGGAACCUCACGAAAAGUCUCGCAUUCGGGAAAUGCUGGAUACUCUUUGUCAACAACAGACAGUAUUUGUAUGGCGAAGUGCUUUGAGUUUGGCGGAAUCGACGUUCCACGAACGGUUGACGUCUGCGCUGCAGGCCCUGAAAAGCCAUUCCGACGACAGUACUUCAGAUGCGCAACCCGUCGAUUAUCUCUUCCAUGCCCUCCCAUUGCCAUCGACCUCUCAAACUACCACCAAUUCCUCUGCGACAGGUGCUCCCUUCAAGCGAUACAAGGCCGGGCUGCGGCGGCAGCUUCAUGGGAGGACGCCGCUCUUGCACGACGUCUUGAAGGUUAUCGAAGAGUCUUCUCAUCGCCUUGAGGAAGAUUUGGGUGCCAUGCAAGCUUCUGAUCUAGAAGGAGGGGUGCUUGUCUCACGAUUACGAGAGACGUACCAGCCUGAUGCCGCAGGUCUUUGCUCCCGCAUCACAUAUAUCCUAAAGGACUUGGAUGAUGACAUCGCCGACAUGGAGUCUUCGCGGCGGACAUUGGCUUUCUUGGGUCGACUGCAACACGAGCUUGCCUCCUCUUCUUCGUUUGUCACAACUAUUGGCUGUGACCAAAACACCAUUGAUGAAUUCAGGAAGCAGAUGCAUACCCUUCACGACACGACUUUUACACGGUGGAGAGAACUCAUCACCCAACACAUUCUCAUGAAUGUCUGGCCUGGGGUGGGGAGUCAAGAUAAUCCCGGGCUUCGUCCAGCUGAACAUCCGAAACGGCCGUCAGCAGCUCUAGUCCAGGCGUUGCUUUCACUCGCAUCCUCUCUGCAGGACUUUUGGGCAACAAUUGAUUCUGAGCGGAAGCAACUUUUGGUCGGCAAUUGUGUCACGUAUUUUGUUUCGCGAGGUUGCAAGCACGAGAUUGUCAAAAAACAAGAACCACAUCGACAACUACGACUUUUUUGGGAUCUGUGGUUCCUACAACACUUGACAACUGCAUGGGACGACCGAGACGCUCGAGCGCAACUGGACGACCUCAUAAGCGACGUACAAGAGAAGCUGCUCUCCAUGGGCAUCAAGGGAUAUCAGCUUGAGGGUGACGACAGCAUCUCCGAAUAUCUAUCAAGGAUGCAAAUCAUAUUGUCGCCCCUCUUUCCUCCUCCGGAAGUUCGUCUAACGACGCAUUCCGCGAAAGGCAAAUCCAACAAAUCUUCUGCACUGCUGUGCUACGCCCCACCAGCAGUUGAACAGCAGUUCCAACCCGCGCUAGAGUUGGUCAAGCCUUCAGCUCGGUUUGGCUUGUUGCUCGUAGGUAAUUCAGCUACUCGCUGAAGGCACAGGCCACACGCACGCUGUAUAUACCGAUCCUUCUGGUUUCGCCUAUAUCCUUAUGAUGUCCUGCCGAUCUCAGACACUGCAAUACGGGCGAUCUGGAGUGCCACUUGACAUCUGAUGUUGCCACGGCAGAUCAACGUUCAAACGUUCAGCUCUCAGACAUGACG